AGGAGCUGGCAGCCUGCAGACUCAAGAAAUACUUCCACCAUGACCACGGCAGGUGUUUUUGUGCUCCUCUCCUUUGCGCUUUGCUGCUUCCCAGAUGCUGCUUUUGGGGUUGAGGUGGACUGCAGUACGUAUCCCAACGCUACAAAUGAGGAAGGCAAGGAGGUGUUGGUCUGCACCAAGAUCCUCAGCCCCAUCUGCGGUACUGAUGGAGUCACUUACAGCAAUGAGUGCCUGCUCUGUGCCAACAACCAAGAAUAUGGAACCAAUGUCAGCAAAGACCAUGAUGGAGAAUGCAAGGAAGUCAUCCCUGUGGACUGCAGUAAAUAUCCCAACACAACAAAUGAGGAAGGCAAAGUGGUGUUGCUCUGCAGCAAAGACCUCAGCCCCGUCUGUGGUACUGACGGGGUCACCUACGACAAUGAGUGCCUGCUGUGUGCCCGUAACCCAGAGCCUGGAGCUGGUGUUGGCAAGAAGUAUGAUGGUGAAUGUAAGAAGGAAGUUGCUACAGCUCUGCUGCUUGCAGACGCUUCAGCCACCAUGAAGACGGCAGGCGUGUUGCUGCUCCUUGCUCUAGCCCUUUGCUGCAUCCCAGAUACUGAUGCACUGCAGUUACAGGUCUACUGCAGUGACUACGUGGUACCUACAGACAUCUGUACUUUGGAGUACAUCCCACACUGCGGGUCCGAUGGCAUAACAUAUGCCAAUAAAUGCUUAUUCUGCAAUGCAUUCCUGAGAAGCCAUCAAACUCUUCGCUUGAUAUCUCUUCAGGAGUGUUAACUUCUCAAUAGGCUUCAGCUCAGAAAGAAGAAUCCUCCCUGGCCAUGUUCCCCAUGGCAGAUGCUCCC